AUGUCAGAUCCUCGUCGAUCAACUCCCAAACCAGAGUCUGAAAAAAAACACGCUUCGGUAGUUAAAAAAUCUGAACGAGCUCCAUCAGCAUCUGCUUCUACAGCGGCUGGACCUAAAGAACUACAUGUAUCAACACCGAAUAGAUUUAUGAUGGGAAAGCCUGCACCAAAACACAUACCAACAAAAGACACUCCAUCGUCUAAGCCUGAAGCAUUGUCUGGUGCGCCGAAAGGAUUGCCGCCACAAGCUGCAAAUAAUAAAUCUCAAUUACCUAAAGCAGCAGCAGUUGCAUCUAAUGAAAAGAAUAUAAAUACGAAUUAUAAAGAUCAAAAUGAUAUACAAGAAGUAAAAGUCACUUUAUCAAAACAAAAAUCAGAAAUAGAUAUGUGUCCUAUUUGUUUGGAUGAGUGUACUGAACCAAAACAACUUGAUAAAUGUGGUCAUACAUUUUGUUCAACUUGUAUUGAUCCAUAUUUUCAAACAAUUAAACCUCAAUGUCCAUGUUGUUUUACUAUCUAUGGUGAAAUUCGAGGAAAUCAACCGGAAAAUGGUCAAAUGAAAUAUAUUGUUCGGAACCGUCGUUUACCAGGUUUUAAACAUAAUUCAAAUGGUACAAUUGAAAUAACAUAUUAUUUUCCUGAUGGUGUUCAAGAUGAUAGACAUCCAAAUCCAGGUACGCGAUAUCAUGGAACGACUCGUAUUGCUUAUUUACCUAAUAAUAGUGAUGGUCAACAUAUACUUAAACUACUUGAGAGAGCUUUUGAACUUCGUCAAAUCUUUACUAUUGGUCAAUCUCGAACAACAGGUUCCGAUAAUGUUGUUACAUGGAAUGAUAUUCAUCAUAAGACAAGUAUUUAUGGUGGGAUGGUAAACUUCGGUUACCCAGAUGAAACAUAUUUUAAUCGAGUUCGACAAGAAUUAGCAGCAAAAGGAAUUCAAUGA